AUGUCAGAAUACACUGGAGAAGAUACUUUCGUACCCAAGAACACUUCAGUGCUUGUGAAACGAGUCAAUGCAAAAGCUCAACCUCAAGCCUUGAAAGACAACUCCAAACCCCCCACUGUCGCGCCUGUCAUUUCAACAACGGCGCCUCCUCCCUUCUCGACGCAGAUCGCUCAAUCGAAUGAAGAGAAGAAGGCAGCUGAUGAUUCCACUGAAGAUGAGGAGGCGAAGUUGAUAGCAAUGAUGGAAGAGCAAAAUGCUGAAUUUCAGAGAGCACAGCACCAACGGCGACAGAUGCAACAACUUGGUCCGGCUCAAUCGAGAUUUGGCCAGCCAACUGCUGCAAAGCCUCCGCCGUAUUAUUUGUGCGACAGAUGCAAACAAGCCGGCCACUGGAAGAAAGACUGUCCUACCAUUGGUGAUCCUGCGUAUGAUCAGAAGAAGACAGCCGUUGGAAUCCCGAUCUCCAGGACACGCGUCAUCACAGAAGCAGAAGCCGCAAAUGCUACCGAAGGUUUGUGGGAGUACACUGACAGGUUCUUUCUCGGCAGAGCGGAUUUUGACAAAGCAAUUGCGAAAGGAAGUUCAUCUAUUGUUGUGCCAAAAGAUGGCAGCGUUCCCAAGGAUUUGCAAUGUGCCAUGAUGCCAGGUGCCCUUAUAAUCGAAGCAGUUGUGCUUCCAUGUUGCCAAAGUAAUGUCUCCCUGCCGCGCGUCCUGCCGCACCUCCAAGAUAACAGCACUUGCCCCAUUUGCUUUCAGCCCGAUGUAACCCCUGAGAUCUUGAAACCUAAUACAAAGUUGAGGGAGUCAGUGAAGGCCUUCUUGAAAUCAGCCAUCGCACAAGGAAUUACAAUCACAGGUGGGCAACCGUCUGCUUCGAAAGUCGAAGGCGAGUCAGAUGCAAAAGUUGAGCCGGCUCAGGAAAAUAGCAGCUUGGGCUUGAAUGAAGUGGAAAACAAGGAUAGCGUAAAAGACGUUAAUUUUUCAGCUUCAGAACGCAGUCCCACCCUUGCAGAUGAUGGUGCGGACGAAUUGUCAGCUUUGAACGAGAAUGCUGAGGACAACGAACAAUCAGAAGACAAGAUAGAUUAUGAUGAUGUCAUCAAAGUUGAGCCAGCAGCUUCAGAGUCGACUGCAGACAAUACCAACUUGGGGCUUGAUGACAAGUCUAAGUCCAAGGAUGCCCCUGAUGACAACGCAAGUCAAGAGGCAGGGACGAAGGAAGCAGGGAAGAUCAAUCCAGCUGAAGCUUCCAGCACGGUGCAAGAUCCGGACUUGCCUGGCAACCUCAACCAGGAGGGUACAGGACAUCCCAGCAUGAUGCAGGCAGGAAGAAUGAUGCAGCCUCCAGGUUUCAUGGCCGGGAUGAUGCGCCAGGGCUACCCCGAUGCGGGGCGGAACAGAAAUAGUGGUCCUCCACCUAUGAUGCCGCCACCUAUGGGUGGCUUCCCGGUCCCGCCUCAUGGAUUCAUGGACAUGAUGAGGAUGAUGGGAGGCAGGCCAGGCUGGGGGAUGCCACAUGCAGGACCCAACGGCAUGCCGAUGCUUCCACAGAUGAUGCCGGGGAUGCCAAUGGGCUGGCCUAUGGGUCGAGAAGUGCGGGAAGGAGAAGUCGUGAAGAUAGAAAUCGUAGCACCAGGGAAAGGAGCAGAAGCAAAGGGCGAAACGACCGCAGAAGCUUUUCGAAGAGGAGAGAGGAUGAGGGAAAAUCGCGGAGAGAUGAAGAAAGCAGAUCCCGCAGAGAAGAUGAGGGCAAGUCUCGAAGGGUUGAUGAAGGCAAAUCAAGGAGAGACGAGGAACACAAGAAUCGUAAAGCUAGUGCUGAAGGUCGUCAAAGUUCACAAUCAACCAGAAAAAUAUCUGAAGACGCUGAACGGAAAUCCUCGCGCGACGCAAGCAAUGCUGAGGACAAAGGCGAGAGACAGCGCGAUCCAGAAACAUCAGAAAAUCGGGGGAGGAAAGUCGCAGAGCGAUCCAAAGUGCAAGAUGACAAUGAAGCGAAAGCAGAAGCGAAAGCAGAACCAGGGUCUGAGUAUACGUUUGACAAGAAUGAUGAAUUUGAGUCUUUGUUCUUGCCCGAUGACGACGACGAAGUUGAAGAUGCUGGUAACCAUGAGAACGACAAACCGGACUCUGCUCCAGCUGAGAGCUCGAGCGAAAAGAGAAAGGAAAGUAUAUCAGAUCGUGAACGCGAACGUGAAAGGACAAGACGGAAAGAUGACACAAGAGAAUCGCGCGAUUCUGGCAGUGAUAGAGAUCGCAGCAAACAGACAAGAGAAGAACGAGGGUCCAGGGGACGCGGAGACGACGACAGCCGGGAGCGAGUUCGUGACGAUGAUAAGAAUCCACGGGAAGAACUCAGGCGGCGCAGUGACCGGAGAGACGAAGACAGAGUUCGAGACAUCGAGAGGAGGAGAGAAGAGGAACGAAGACGAGAAGAAGAUCGACGGAGGGGCGACGAUCGCAGACGCGAAGAUGACAGGCGGAGGAGCGAUGACAGAAGGCGCGAGGAAGAUAGGAGGAGGGAGAGAACAAGAGACCUCGAACGGGAUCGUGAGCGUGAGCGUGAGCGUGAGCGUGUACGAGAAAGAGAAAGAGAAAGGGAUCGAGAAGGUCACCGGGACAGGCGAGACAGGUGAAGUCAAGAAGGAGAAGAGAGACCGAGAAGAUGAGAAGGCUGCUGAAAGCUUGGCGCCGAAGGAAAGGAGCAUUGAGAGGGAUGCAAGGCAUGACAUUGAGAGGAAGCGCCGGGAAAGAGAGCGGAAGCGCAGCAUGGACGAUGAUGAGAAGCCAUCGGAAUCGAAGUCAGCGAGCAGCGAAAACAAGACCGAAGGGUCUGAUUCACGAGGCAAAGGAAAGGUGAUCUUUGACGCUUCUGGGAUGCCGUAUCAUGGCGAUCAGGACCCCCACCGUUCCAAACAUGGAGAGAAGAGAGGGAGGAAGGGAGACCGGGGUGAAGAGCGCGAGAAGCCUGCUAUCCUAGAUCUCCGCGAGAGCCUGUCUCAACGCGAUGCCGACGCAGCUCGAGGAGACAGUCGCAAGGGCAGAGGUAGCGAAACCCCGGCAGACAGCGGCAAGGAAGAAGACUCGUCAAGCUCCAAGCGGCGGAAGAAGGACGAUGGAGAUGGUCACAUCCCUGUUUCUCAGCGCCUGGGUCCACUGAGGCAAAGUGGGGAACAGAAAACUUCCCGCAAAGGAGGGCGAAAGGGGCAUACUGUUCUAGAAAUGUUAAAUUUUGUCAAUUUUCUAUCGAUGAACUGA